UCUCUGUCCACAGCGAGCUACGGGAGUCAUCAAGCGAGCACCGAGGCCCACCUCCAGCCGAGCAACGGCGGCGACCUGGCGACGAGUGGCGGCGAGGUCGACCUGCGAGCCACGGCCGGAACCGGCGCCGAAGGCUACCUCAAUCCGGCUCACUACUCCGGCUACGAGGAAGCCGCCGAUUACCACGGUCUCGGCCAGGAUCACCACCCGCCCCACCCCUAUGGUCUCGAAGGCUCGCCCGAAUUCUACGGCCAGGGCGGCAUCCAGCUCGAGCCCAAAUACCAGCCACCGCCGUUCAAGAAUUACCCUCGCGGUCGCUACCACGAGAGCUACGGCGAGAGCGGCUACGGCCAGUACGACGCGACGCCCUUCCAGACGGUGCCAGGUAGCGCGGGACCCGGUGGAGCUGGUGGCGCCGGGGGCGGCGCUGGUACUGGGGGCGGGAGCGUCGCCGGGGUCGGCGAGCAAUGGGCCGUUGGCCCCGUGGCCGAUCACCUCGCCCAUCACCCGGCCUUCCUCGCGGGCCUCGGACCCCGCGACACCACCAACUCCUCGCAUCACCCUUCUUCCAUCGGCAAUCAGAAUCCGGAGCACCAGAAGCCGCUGUUGCCCAGUGCCAUGCUGGCCGGCUACACGGGAGGUGGGCCCUGCUUCACGGGCUCGGGUCCCAUUCAGCUUUGGCAAUUCCUACUUGAGCUGCUUACCGACAAGAGCUGCCAAGGCUUCAUAUCAUGGACCGGCGAUGGCUGGGAGUUCAAGCUGACCGACCCGGACGAGGUGGCGCGUCGCUGGGGCAUCCGCAAGAACAAACCCAAGAUGAAUUACGAGAAGCUGAGCCGCGGGCUGCGAUACUACUAUGACAAAAAUAUUAUUCACAAAACGGCCGGCAAGCGUUACGUUUACCGCUUCGUCUGCGAUCUCCAGAGCCUCCUAGGUUACAGUCCCGAAGAAUUGCACGCGAUGGUGGAUUUAAAACCCGAGAAGAAAGAGGAAGACUGAACUCUUGAAUAUUUGGGACGUUGCAGCACCGAAGAUGACUGUCGAUGACGUUGAUCGACCGCGACAACCUAUUCUUCGGCUAUGGAUAAUAAAAAGAAAAAACUAUAAGCACGGGCUGCAUUAAAGGAAGAAGAAGGAGAGUAUUACAUGUAAAAGAGAGCGAGUGAGCAAAAUAUACUGUUCGAGAUAAGCGAAAGUGAGACAUUGCGUGUGCAUGCGAAUGAAAAAAGAGAGAAUGUGAGGCAGCAAGGAUGUCCUGAGAUUUUUCCUCCGUAGAUUAAAAAUAUAUAAAUAAAAAAAGCAAUGAAGGGUUAACGCCGAACGACGAAUGUACGUUCCUUGACUACUUCCUCUUAUUCUUCAUAUUCUUAUUCUUCAUCUUAUUCUUCUACUUCUUCUUCUUCUUCU